CCCAGAAAAAAGGACUAAAAAAAUACACCAUCUUCCCUCCCUCCUCCAAUGUCUUUGAUUUUAUACUAAUCCAUCACACUAGUGGCUACUGCUCUCUUCUGUCACACGCAAUUUCGGGCUUAGUGUGUGUGUGUGUUUCUUGAAAGGUUAAAAACAGAGCCGAUUCUUCUUUUCAAUCCACCGAUUGUUUUGUAUAUCAAAAGGGAAAAGUAGAUAGAGACAUGAGUAAGAUGGAAAGAGAGAGUGAAAUCAAGGUAUCAAAGUUCAAAAGAAUUUGUGUUUUCUGUGGGAGUAGUCAAGGCAAGAAAAGCAGCUACCAAGAUGCUGCUAUUGAGCUUGGGAAAGAACUGAACUAUAAUGGCAUAAUGCUUUCUUUUUCAAGAUUUUGGUUUCACCAUUGAGCAAAAAGAUCAAGGUUUCAAGAAACAUUGAUCUCGUGUAUGGAGGAGGUAGCAUUGGCUUAAUGGGAUUGGUCUCGCAAGCUGUCCACGAUGGUGGUCGUCAUGUUAUUGGGGUUAUUCCCAAGACGCUCAUGCCUCGAGAGUUAACUGGUGAAACAGUAGGGGAAGUGAAAGCAGUGGCAGAUAUGCAUCAAAGGAAAGCAGAAAUGGCGAAGCAUUCUGAUGCUUUUAUUGCUUUACCAGGUGGAUAUGGUACUCUUGAAGAGCUACUUGAAGUGAUUACAUGGGCUCAACUGGGAAUUCAUGAUAAGCCGGUGGGUUUAUUGAAUGUUGAUGGAUACUACAAUUCAUUACUGUUAUUCAUCGAUAAAGCAGUAGAGGAAGGAUUCAUCAGUCCAAGCGCACGUCACAUCAUUGUAUUGGCACCAACAGCUAAGGUUUUGGUUCGAAAACUUGAGGAGUACGUGCCUUGCCAUGAAAGAGUUGCUUCGAAAUUGAGCUGGGAAAUGGAGCAACAGCUUGACUACAGUGACGAUGAUAUUUCUAGGUGAUGAUGAAUGAAUGCAGCAGUUUCUUUUUUUUUUUUUUUUUUUUUUUGAUGAAGAGAUUUGUGGUAGUGAAAAAGGUGCUGACUUUGAAAGGGUUUUUUUGGUCUAAAUUAGAAUGUUGAUGUCAAGGGGAUUGAUCUUCUUUUUUUGUAAAUUAUUAUUGAAGAUGUAAUAUGACUUAAAGAGUAUGUGGGAAACUCUCACAUAUUUCUUUCACCCUUCACAUGCAACUUCAGUUUAUUGUAAAAUACAAUAUUAGAUGCCAAAUGGAAUUGCAAGAUCUCUCAUGUUUCA